CUUUGUUGAAGGUCAUUUUCAGGACUCGCAAAUUUGACGCGGAUUCCGUGUUCCUCGUUUUCUUAUUGCAAUUUUAUGCGAUUUUCGUGUACUUAGGGGGAAUGAUCAAGAGGUCAACAGUUGUAAGGGCUCCCAAAACUUACAAAAGCCGCAAAAAUCAGGAAGACGGCUGUUCUAGAGUGGGGAGUGAUUUCCAGGCUGACGUUUCGGAAUAUGUUGAAAAAUUCUCAUAUGAUGAGUUACAAAAUUUAUCGCCGAAGGAAUUUAGUAUUUGGUUGCCAAAUCAGCAACCUGACAUGCGAGAGCUUAAUUCCUACCUUGAGUUUGCUAGGCAGCAUCAAUACACUCAAGAAUUAGCCUUAAUAUUGCUACACUGGCAUAAUUAUAGCAUUCCGAAGGCAGUUGAUGAUAUACCCAACUACGUGCCUGUUUAUAAUAAAUGGACGAAAGGAGAAGUUAAAAAGUUUCUGCGAUGUAUUGAUUCAAAACCCAGGAAAAAUUUUGUCGAGGCUAAAAAAACGGUACCUGGACGACAUAUGGGCGAUAUAUGCGCCUUAUAUUAUUCCAUUGCUGCUCCUUUCAAAGCAAGAACAAGAAAUAAAUAUCAUAGUGAAUUAAUUGAACAAUGCUUUUCUCGAGCUGUUCGGAACGGGUUAGUUACAUGUCGUUGGGCGAAAUCUUCAUCUCCUGGAAACAUGCACAUUAAUGGCCGGAGAUUCGGACUAACCGAAGAUCCUUUGGAGAGGGAAAUUGAAUCGUAUUUAGUGAAUUUACUUGGUGCUUCGAAAACAGCUCAUUUACUUGGUAAAGAGUUGAUGUCUACGCCGUAUCCUUUCCAAACUUCAGACAAUCAAACUUCCCCUUCAAAAUCUGCACAAGAUGUCUCUUCAUCUUCUCCGCUGCGAAGUCUGCCAUAUUCAGUUGCACGAGACAAUGAAUCAAGUUCUCCUACUAUACCUCUGUCUACCAAUACUUAUCAGACAAGUAGUUCUGAAGCAUCUUCACAGAUUGGCAGUGAAUCAGUUAGCCAAGGAAAAGUUAAUCGACAUACUCUUCCAAAUGGAGCGUAUUAUGAUCAUGAUGAAUUUAUGGCAUUUUUAACUAUGUCCAAUGAUCAAUUACUUCAUGAAAAAGAAACAGAUCUAGCUGAUUUAGAGCGAAUUAAAGAAGAACUAUGUGAAAAAAACGAAAUUACUGAAGCCCGUUCAAGAUCUGUCCUUUAUAAAAUGGAAUUGCUUAAACCAGUUGAAGGGUUUCCUCAAAUAUCUUAUCGAUGGACAAAAACAGAACUAGCUUUUGUGCUAACAGCUAUGAAAAAAUAUGGUCAAGACUUUUCCACAAUUGCCAGAACCGUUGGAACUAAAUCAGAAAGCUUCAUACGUGAUUUCUACAAUACAUUUCACGACCGUUUCACAUUGGACAGCAUAAUAAAACCAUGCGCGAAAGCAAAUGACAAGCUCACUGAACCUCCAACCAUAGACCGAAAGCCCAUGUACCAAGAACCCUUGGUUGUUGUCACACAAGAUUUGCCUAAAAAAUCAACGGAUGAAACACCAACCAUACCUGUUGAUGGAAAGAAUGAGCAAGAUUCUGUACAAAUACCUGGAGUGCGAGACAUUAAACACCACAAUUUGAAAACUGAGUCUGAUGAACUAGAUCGCUCAACAUCGCAAACACUUGAUAAACAUGGAAAAAAGGAAAGUAGCGGCAUACGGCUGUCAUCACGACGGCGUACAGCAUCAUCUAAAUUUGUUACCCCUGAGGUCCUAUCACACAACCGUCAAAACGAAUCACCGCCAAGCUCCCCACCACAAGCCGUCAGCAGAGGCAGGGGGAGAGGACGAGCCAAACGCUUAAGACGCAGCUAGUUUCCAACGAACUUGAAUAUUUCUUGAUGCAAAUUCUUUUUUCUUCAUGACUUGCCGAAUGUUUUUAACACUUAUAACCGCGUUUACAUGGAAAGUUGAAAACAGCGAACAGUAUUUGUGGUGUCCAUUCUGAUACCUUAUUUACAAAUGUAGUCGAUGUUUUUUUAUUUUGUCACAUACACGGGCCUCAAUAUUUCUUAAAUGAGUACUUUGAUGUAGCAAUAUCUAAAUAUAUGUUAUUAAUAAUCA